AUCGAGCGCGGCUUCCGGCGUCGCUGGUGGAGGUGGGUGAAGAAGGAGCGGGCCCUCGCCGCUCGUUCUCGCUCCCUCUCUCUCCCUCUCUCCCCUCUCUCUUUCUCGGGCAACAUGGCGGGCGUGGAGCAGGCAGCGUCCUUCGGGGGCCACCUGAAUGGCGACCUGGAUCCAGACGACAGGGAAGAGGGAACCUCCAGCACAGCCGAGGAAGCCGCCAAGAAGAAAAGACGGAAGAAGAAGAAGGGCAAAGGGGCCGUGUCAGCAGAGCAACAAGAACUUGAUAAAGAACCAGGAGCCUUGGUGGAUGAAGUAGCAAAACGGCUGGAGAGACAAGCACUGGAGGAGAGAGGGAGAGAUGACGAUGAUGAAGAUGGAGAUGGUGAUGCUGAUGGCGCAACUGGAAAGAAGAAGAAAAAGAAGAAGAAGAAGAGAGGACCAAAAGUUCAAACAGACCCUCCCUCAGUUCCAAUAUGUGACCUGUAUCCUAAUGGUGUAUUUCCCAAAGGACAAGAGUGUGAAUACCCACCCACACAAGAUGGGCGAACAGCUGCUUGGAGAACCACAAGUGAAGAAAAAAAGGCCCUAGACCAGGCUAGUGAGGAGAUCUGGAACGACUUCCGAGAAGCUGCGGAAGCACAUCGGCAAGUUAGGAAAUAUGUCAUGAGCUGGAUCAAGCCUGGGAUGACGAUGAUAGAAAUCUGUGAGAAGUUGGAGGACUGUUCCCGAAAGCUAAUAAAGGAAAAUGGGUUAAAUGCAGGCCUGGCGUUCCCCACUGGGUGUUCUCUCAACAACUGUGCUGCCCAUUACACUCCCAAUGCUGGUGACACGACAGUCUUGCAGUAUGAUGACAUCUGUAAGAUAGACUUUGGAACACAUAUAAGUGGUAGAAUAAUUGAUUGUGCGUUUACUGUUACUUUUAAUCCCAAAUAUGACAUAUUAUUAAAAGCUGUAAAGGAUGCCACUAAUACUGGAAUAAAGUGUGCUGGGAUUGACGUUCGUCUCUGCGAUGUUGGUGAGGCCAUUCAAGAAGUUAUGGAAUCCUAUGAAGUAGAAAUAGAUGGGAAGACAUAUCAAGUGAAACCCAUACGUAACUUAAAUGGACAUUCAAUUGGGCCAUAUAGAAUUCAUGCUGGAAAAACAGUGCCCAUUGUGAAAGGAGGGGAAGCUACAAGAAUGGAGGAAGGAGAGGUGUAUGCCAUUGAGACCUUUGGGAGCACAGGAAAGGGCGUGGUUCAUGACGACAUGGAAUGUUCACACUACAUGAAAAAUUUUGAUGUGGGGCAUGUGCCAAUAAGGCUUCCAAGAACAAAACACUUGUUAAAUGUCAUCAAUGAAAACUUCGGUACCCUUGCCUUCUGCCGAAGGUGGCUGGAUCGCUUGGGAGAAAGUAAAUACUUAAUGGCUCUGAAGAAUCUGUGUGACUUGGGCAUUGUAGAUCCAUACCCACCACUGUGUGACAUUAAAGGGUCAUACACAGCACAGUUUGAACAUACCAUACUGUUGCGUCCAACCUGUAAAGAAGUUGUCAGCAGAGGAGAUGACUAUUAAACUUAGUCCAAAGCCAACACGUCUUUAUUUUCUAAGCUUUGUUGGAACACAUUAUACCACAAGUAAUUUGCAACAUGUUGUCUGUUUUAACAGUGGACCUGUGUAAUACCGUUAUCCAUGUGUAAAGGAUUUGAUCAAAGGCAGACUGUCUACAUGUAAUUAACCAAGGGAAAGGCUUUCGAGACUUUAAUGUUAACCGUUUCUCCCGUCUAGGAAAUGCUGUACUGCUCACUAGCUAGGAAUUACUUACAUGUUUUGUUUUGAAGACCUAAGAGAUGCUUUUUGGAUAUUUAUAUUGCCAUAUUCUUACUUGGAUGCUUUGAAUGACUACAUUCAGUUCUGCACCUAUGCCCUCUGGUAUUGCUUUUUAACCUUCCUGGAAAUCCAUUUUCUAAAAAAUAAAGACAUUUUCAGAUCUGAGAGCUACAUUUUAAUGUCUAUGGUUGUAAUUCUAAGCAGAAAGAGAUUAAGUAUGGAUAAUGUUCUUUAUCUGGACUGUAGAUAGGACAGAUACCACAGAUUCUCUUCAGGCAUGGUGGCUACACGCUCUUCAUGUGUAUGAAGCAGGCAGAAAGGACUACAGUUGCAGAAGGCUUUGCUUUCUUUUUUUUUUUUUUUUUUUUUUUUGUAGAAGCAUAUUUAAAAUCCCCCAUAGGAAGAUGUACUGAUUUAAGCAUCAUGGAAAAACAUUGUGCCAACUGGAAAAACCUUACUAUAAUAAAUGUCCCUUAAGUGUUCAUAUUUAUAGGAUAUGUAUUCCACAUUAGAAAACCAAAUCAACAUUAAAGCCACAAGCAAAAUAAGUUUCAGUCUUGUCCUAAUUAGGAGUUAUCUUGGGAUUGGGCUUUCCCUUCCUGAGUCAAGCACUGACCAUCACGGCCUCCAGUAAGUUAGAGAUCUUAGCAUCAGGUUACUCAAGGAAAUGUGGUCCGUGUGAUCUUUCAUAAAUCGUGUGUUAAUCUGAGUAUAAAGAUACAUUCAACUUUAGACUGGGCCCAAUAAUUAUUUAGCUGCUUAAAAUCUAUGUGGUUUGCUAGAAAUAGUCCAUCAUAGUUUCAAAUUGGUUACUUGCUCAGGUAAAGCCUUAAUUUGUGUAUACCUUAACACAAUAAUGCUAUAUUCCUUCUGGUAUGCUAUAUCAAUUUUUAUUUUGCUUGACAUUGUCUCUGAAGAGAAGGUAGACUUACGGCCCUGGGCCAUGCGUUGCUUAAGAAGUUUUAUGUGAAGGUUACUUGUGACUGUGAGCUGUGUCUUCCUGUUGCUCACGGGCUCUCCAGCUGAACACACACUCACGGGCUUUCAAGCUGAACACAUACUCAUGGGCUCUCCAGCUGGCUCCUGGGGCUCUGCAUUCAUGGUCUUGGCUUUUGAGUGGCUUGAUAUCUAAGCCCAGGAUAUUGAAAACUGACCCCUCUACAAACUUUAGGGUUUUCUAAGACCUUUCCGGCAGUCUCCUAUUUGUAAGGUCCAACCUUAUCUCAGAGAGUACUGUUGGGUGGCCAAGGAGUAUGGCCUUAUAAAUAAAGGAAAACCAAAACAAAGCCAAAGCCAACCCUUGCUGUUUGCUUACUAGCUAUGUGUCCCUUAAAGUCAUUGUUACAUUUAGUGAUGUAUCUUCCUGUGAUGUUUAACAAUAGUGCCUUUAGUAAAUUAUUUUACAGCCUAAACUGUUGGGUUUUUGUUAGAACAACUUAAGAGUGUGGGUGUCCACUGCAGAUCUGAGGUAUUUAAUAAGAAACUGAAGUUUCUUUGCAUCAUUUGGGUUUUGUUUUUUUCAGUGCAAUUUUAGAUUCACAACAAAAUCUAGUGGGAAGUACAACAGUAUGCUGUGUGCUAGUUUAAUGUUUUGUUUCUCUUAAAUACCAGUAAAAA